UGCCUGCCUCUCCUCUCCAGGUAUCUGAAGGUAGUCCAACCUUUAGGAACUCACAUCCUUCAGUCCGUGCGGGUCACUUACAUCAUCUCCACGGUAACCUGGGUUUUCCUCCUGGCUGUGACAUGCAGCUACGUCAUCCUGUCGUUCCACACCCAGGAACCUUUUACCUCUGUCCCAGUGAGCUGUCAAGGCUUUCACAGUGGCCAGCACACCUUGCUCUUUAGGAUCAUACAUGUCUCCUCCACUGUCAUGUUCCUGUGUGUUCUGGUCUCUCUGGUCUUCUUUUACUACAGCACCUCUCGUAGGGUGUUGCUGGCGCAGCAGAGGCAGCCGGCGUCCUCCAACUCCAUGAAGCUUGCAAGGUCGCGCAGGAAUAUGUUAGUGCUGGUCAGUGUCUUCUGCUUUUGCUUCGUCCCCUACCAUCUGAUUCGCCUUCCCAAAGCUUUCCUGUGGAUGCAUUGUUCAUGGAGCAAGGUUUUCUACUACGGGAUGGAGCUUACCGUCGUAAUGUCUGUUCUCAACGUCUGCCUGGACCCAGUCAUCUACUUCAUCCUCUGCAAGGGGUUCAGAAACCAGCUUAGGCUGGGAGUGGUGCGUGGAAACUGAUAAUACCCGCUCAUAACAUUUCAACUGCCAACAAUGUAAUAAACAAAAUGUAAUAACUGCAAAUAAAGUUAUAAAGAAAAUGUAAUAGUAACAGAAUAACUGAAUAAUGUAAGAAAGAUUUUAAUAAAAACGAAUAAUGUUAGACAAAUUAACUGUUCAUAAUGUAAUAUACAAAACGUGGUGUGGGACAUCCCGUUGCACCUUCUGCCCUCUGUGUGUUGCUGUUCUCAAAAUUCCUUCGAUACGUGAAACUCCAACAAUCUUCAAAAUAGCAAGCCACACGCUGAAAAUGGCAAGUUUUGAAGAACAUUUCUUUAACAAAGAAUAUGUUUAUCUAACUGGGACAUUUUAGGACUGAUUGACAGGAUUGCUGUGUACGAAGUACAAAUAGCGAUACGCCGGUAAGUGCAAAUUACGUUUAACCAUGUAUCUAGCUACGAACGACACAGACACACGAGCACACAAGUAUAAAUCCUCACAACAGCGUAGGCCACUAUAGGCUACGGCGUAGGCUCUACUACGUACUAUUAUAAACCAGCCUAGACAGGUACAGAGUUACCUGUCCUCUCCUUUUCCAUCUCCUCUGAUCUCCCUACCAGAUAAACUGCUUGACUUUAACAGCACCGUUAUUGAUGGCUCAUCUCGAACACAGAGAGGGAAAUCAAAACCAGGGCCUUCUGAAUGAUGAACCAAGAAAAGGCCAAUUAUGGUCAAUCUUUCUUCUGUUCUCAUAUGUCUCUGUCUUUUCUCUCUCUCCAUCUUUCUUUUUCUCUCAAUCUCUACAGAUAGUGCAUUGGUUGAGAGAGAGAGUGCAUUGGGAGAGAGAGAGAGAUGUAGCUUUUGUAGAUUUGUGUUGAUUUUCUGCCAGCUUUUGUUCCUGUCGACAAAUAAUCCAUGUUAAUAAAUGGCUUUUGAGGCCAUCACAAUGUAGCCAUUGGGGAAAACAGGAGCGAUAUAUCAG